UUCAUUUCUACCGGCCAGUUUUUAUGCAGGUUACGGAUUAGAUAGCACACGAAAUGGAUAAGGGAGCAACAGGGCGCAGCGCACAGCAACCGUUCACUUCCUCUGUCGUUCACAAGUCCUCCCCUGCAUAGAAUCGAAUACUUGCCUCUCUAUGUGUUUUUAGUUGGUAGAAUGCUACGCCAAAUUCUUGCGGCAGCAACCGCUGCCGUGUAUUCGUCCCACGCCUCGCCAGCACAAGUCCCGGCUUCUCCGGUGCGCCGACGUCCCGGUGGCGUCGCCGUCCGGUGCGCGCCGAGCGGCGGCGGCGGCGGCGGCGGCGGCGCACCUGCAGGCGACAAGAAAUCGAAGCUCAAGGUAGGCUCGCCGAUCGUCAUCCUGGAGGCGCCUACGAUGCUGAAGACCGCCGCGUCGGUGCCGUCGCUCCGGCACAACAGUGGCCAAGUCAAGGCCGGCGACGUCGGAAGGGUCAUGGCGCGGAAGCCGAAGGACGUCUGGGCCGUGCGGCUCGCCGUCGGCACGUACCUGCUGGACGGCAAGUUUUUCAGGCCCUUAGAUGUUGUUGAUGAAGACGGUGACGAGUCCCCAGAUGAAUGAGCAGUUAAUGCAUUGUUGCAUGUCAAUACUGAUGCGUGAUUGCAAAUGUAAGAUUCAUGAUGCAUGACUUGUGCUGAGAGUGCGCAAACAUAAAUCAUAUCACCAAUGUCAUGUAAGGUUUAUGAUGUUUAACUGCCAGAGAUGGAAAGCCAAUACUUAAGACAUUCAAACUC